UUGAGGCAGCAAUUUUCUUGGAUAGUAACUCCUAGUACAUAACAAUGGUAUAUAAUUAUCACUGAGACUGAGUGAUAAUAUGAGUUUCAUUGGUUUGUCGUUGAGUCAAUAGGUUAAAGAUGGGAGAAAAAAACUCAGAAGAGUAUAAGAAAUUAGAUUACACUGAAGACGAUUGUGAUUUGGAUGAAAUUGAUAUAAUAAAUGAUCCAUCAGAACAAAUAAUUUCAAAAAAUUACAGAGAAGGUCCUUUCAUCCUUGAUGGUACCCAUCACACAGAUGACAUGAAAAAUGAUUUAAAGUUGGACAAAACGAAAAAUUUCCCUUGUGAUAAUAGAGAAGCUGGUACUUCAAACUCAACAGCAGACUCUGGUGAAAAUGAGAUCAUGAAAAACUCAGUUAAAGAUGAAACAAAUAGUCGUGAAUUUUCAAACAGCAAUUCUUUACACAAAGUGCAGUUUAACUGCAAGGAUGAAGGAGUGCCUGAUGAAAAAGAUGUCUACAGUCGAUUUUAUUUUGAGUCUGAUCACCUUGCUUUGAAGGAUAAUGCUGAUUAUAGACUUCUUCUACAGACAUUGGUUGCUCUUGAAGCCCAACGAAAACAAGCAAUAGAGGACUAUGAAAAGCUGAUUAAACUACGUAAAGAAGCACUAGCUGAACCUGUUAAGUUUGUGGAAAAACUACAAAACAAUGAGGCACUUGGUAUUCCAUUGCGGCAAAGUGUUAUAAAAGUUCCACAAAUCAACUGGGAAGCAUAUUCAGGAGCAAUUGAUGAUUUCUCACAAUUUGGGUUAUUGCAUCAACAUAAUACACGACACUCUGUAGGAGCUGGAACCACAGUGAACUUGGAAAGAGCAAAUCAGAGAUGGGAAGAACAGUCAACAACAUCAAAUGGGUCUUUUGGCGAGAUUUCACAAGAAAGUUUAAGAUUUUCGCUUGGUGUUGACAGUUCUCGUUACGUUCGUGGAAAAUUGGCAACGAGUGAUAAACCGUUGACAUUCAAUCAACCUUGGACUGUGGAGGAGCAGCGGAAAUUAGAACGACUGCUUCAAGUAUUUCCCCAGGAGCUUGUUGAGGCAAAACGUUGGUCGAAGAUUGCACACGCUCUCGGGAACAGAACACCCAAACAGGUGGCAAGUCGUGUUCAGAAGUAUUUCAUCAAAUUAGCGAGAUCAGGUCUACCAAUACCAGGACGUGAACCUAAUCUAACACGUGUCCUACCAAAGCAAUUGCCAAGGGCUCGCAGUUCACAACAGCAGGCUGUUAGUUUUCGAAAUUCGACAUUUUUUCCUUCGUACAAACCACGUGUGUAUAUGGAGGACAAUGAAAAGUCGGAUGUUAAUAGUUUGGAAUGGUCAGACGAUCUUGAAGAUAUCUCGGACGAUGAGACGAUUCCUAAGGAACUACGCAACACUAAAGAAUAUUGGGAAAUAUUGCAUCUGAAACGGCUCAAAAGAAAACGCGCUGAACAAGAUAUGCUGAACAAGGAUAGAGUGGAACAUGUUGGAUAUAUGUGUGACUUGUGCGGAAUGUCUCCAAUACUUGGUGUCCGGUGGCAUUGUGUAGAGUGUCCAAGUGAGAGAAGUACAGAUUUCUGCAGUGAUUGUGUAAACAUUCAAAAAGAUGGCGUCAUCCAUCUUAGUUCGCAUAAAAUGGAGCCUGUUGAUUGGACAGAGAAUGACUUUGUUGACGGGGAUUAUGCAAAACUUGGCGAAACUUCCAAAGGAUACAAUUAUUUAGAUCCAAAUUUCCUACCUGCGGCCACGUGACUUGAUGUAUAAAUUAAUGCCAAAAUUCGAGUUUCAUCGAGAACUCUGAUUGAACUUGUUAUGAGAGAGGGUAAGGUUUCGAUAUGGAAAAGCAAUGAGUUAUGUUUCUACUUUGCAUCAAAUUAAAGGUUUAUUUAUUUCA